AAUGCACUUCUUGUGUAAAGGUAAUGAGAUUUCUGAAUGUUUUUCUCUCACAAAGCAUCCGUUUAACCGGGGGAGACAUGCUCAUAAAAAUGACGGAACACUAAUCAUCUCCGCAGUGAGUCUCAGCAGUUUUAUGAAAGAAGUUUGUCCCUCAUUACAUGCAGCAACCGGACUCCGGGAAUGACAUUUGUUGCCACUAGCAGGAUGGAGUGGCUGUUCCAGCGAUGCCAUAAAGAAGCUGUCUUUUUCUCUGGGUUUCGCUCAGUGCUCCUCAUGUCAUGUUUGCUCUUGGUCCUGUCCGUGUCCAUGUACUCCGGGUUGUGGUCCAUUGGGGUCCAGCUUCAUUCAGCCUUCACAGGGAGCUACGCACCAGGCCACCACUCCCUUCUUCUUAUCAACAGCCCCAACGAACUGGCAGCUAAAGACAUUGGCAGGGCGAUUAUGGAGAGGCGGCUGGCAGCCAGUAUCAACAUCCUCGCCAGGACCUCUACAAUGUACUACUGGAAGGGUGAAAUCCAAGAUGCAAGUGAAGUUCUGAUGCUGGUGAAAACAAAGACCUCAAGGAUCCAGCAGGUCAUGGAUUUUGUAAGGUCUGUCCAUCCCUACGCUAACCCAGAAGUCCUCAGCUUCCUGGUGGAGGACGGCAGUCUGGCUUACAUGAAGUGGAUGGAUGAAGCCAUUCCAGACGACUGAUACGUUUGUGAAAUCAAAGCAAACCUCUACAUGGACUGCAGCUGAACAUGGAAAAUGAGCCAUGUGUACAGGCUGAUGUUUGAAGGCUUUGGAUCGAAGGGUUCAGAAAGCAACACUAGUUCGAUACAUGACAUUUAUACUUUUUGUUGCUCUGACCUUUUCAUAGCAAAUUCCACUACUACUGUGGAGAUUUGAUUUCCACUUUUUAAAGUAUGUUGUGCCACAUUCUCAGAAGGUAACAUACAAGACAUACAAGACACCUCAAACAAACAUAUUCCAAGGUGACCAGUCAGUUUUAAGUCAGUUUGCAAAGUAUAUUAAUCUGGUGUUAACGAUAACAGUACCUCAGCUUUGAGCUAAGGGAUUCUCAGUAAACUCAUUGGUUAAAUACACUCCAAGUUGUCUAGAUUUAGAAAAUAAUAUUGGUAUCAGUACAGGAAUCACCAGCCUGUAUCAUGCAUUUUAGUCCUCACUAUUCACUACAUCAAUGCAUUUUUGCAUAUACAUUGUGUUAAGGAAUAAUUCUUCUAGAUAUCUAACCUUUUGCUCUGUGACGUUUUAUGAUCUACUCUGACGUCUGUUAUCUCCUUUAAGGAAAGGCCUUGGUGCCAUAUGUGUUGUUGUUACCAGUUUGUGACCGGUCAACUUGUCUGGCACGAAGGGUAAUUGUUGUGAGAGCGCUGAGGCACUUCUUU